GAGCAGGGGAGGGCGGACGGAGCGGGAAGACGAGGCAGCAGCUAUGGCUCCCCCCCCAGCCACUCGCGGCUCCGCCGGGAGGGCGAAGUGAGGGCGCCGAGAGGCUCCAGACAGAUGAGUAGAGAGCUGGCUGCAGAAGAGGGACAGAUUCCAGUCUGCCAGCUGAUCACCGUGCACAGAGGGAAAUCCCUGAGAUCAGCGCUGGGAGAAAGAAGAGAGGUGCUGAAGGAGUCGAUGUGGGACGGGUCUGAGCCAAGGAGCUGAGGACAACAGUGCUGAUGAAAGAGAGGGUUUGCAGUAGAAGGUGUCUCUCCAAGCCCAGAUAAAGCACGGGAGCCACUUCCACACUCCCUGAGGUCCUUGUCCAUUUGCCAGGAGGGAGCUGGCAUGGCAGAGGGCUGGCAGAGCUUCACCCUCCCAGCAGCGAUGAGAGAGACUGACAGUGCUACGAGUCCCUUCUGGCUCCUUCUGCACAACGUCCGCUGCCUCUGUGCGUUAAUCGGAUGGUAAUGCAGGAUGUCGGCGGCAGCAGUAGAGUUUGGCUCGGUCCCACUGCGACUCCGAAUCGCCAUGACAACGCUGUGACACUUCCAGCAGAGGUUGCCUGCGGACCAAGGGUGGGCUGGGGGUGGGCGAGAAGGUCAAUGAUCGAGUCUAACGGGAUCACAGGUUGCACCUGCAGCAGAACGACUGUGGAAGAACCGCCGGCACGGCAAGAAGAUGAAAUUCCCCUUCCACUGGCUUCUCGUUGAGCGGGCUCAAUAACAUUUCCCUUCAAGACGCUCGCUGUAAAACCUCUUUUGGUUAUGGCUACUGAUCCAACGUGAUUGCGUGCGCGGCGGCUUUGGAACUCAUGACUGGCUAUACGAUGUUGCGCAAUGGGGGAGUGGGGAACGGAGGCCAGCCGUGGGUGUUGAGGUGGUCCAGUCGGAUCCGGCUCACCUGGCUUAGCUUCACCCUCUUCGUCAUCCUCGUUUUCUUCCCCCUCAUUGCCCACUACUACCUGACCACCAUCGACGACGCGGACGAUGCCGGCAAGCGCAUCUUCGGCCCCCGCACCGGCAACGAGCUGUGCGAGGUGAAGCACGUGCAGGACCUGUGCCGCAUCCGCGAGUCGGUCAGCGAGGAGCUGCUCCAGCUCGAGGCCAAGCGGCAGGAGCUCAACAGCGAGAUCGCCAAGCUCAACCUGAAGAUCGAGGCCUGCAAGAAGAGCAUUGAAAAUGCCAAGCAGGACCUGCUGCAGCUGAAGAACGUCAUCAGUCAGACUGAGCAUUCCUACAAGGAGCUGAUGGCUCAGAACCAGCCCAAGCUCUCCUUGCCCAUCCGGCUGCUGCCGGACAAGGACGAUGCGACCUUCCCCCUGCCAAAAUCCAACAGGAACUGCAGGCUGCACAACUGCUUUGACUACUCACGCUGCCCGCUGACGUCUGGCUUUCCGGUCUAUGUCUACAACAGUGACGAUUUCCCUUUUGGUAGUUCCUUAGACCCUUUAAUUAAACAGGCCUUUGAGGCGACGGUCAGAACUAAUGCUUAUGUUACUGAAAAUGCAAAUAUUGCUUGUGUGUACAUAAUUUUAGUGGGGGAAAUGCAAGAGCCCGCGAUGCCAAAACCUACUGAACUAGAGCAACAGUUGCACUCUUUGCCAUAUUGGAGGACUGAUGGACACAACCAUCUCAUCAUCAAUCUGUCGAGGAAGUCGGAAACUCAGAACUUCAUUUACAACAUCAGCACGGGGCGCGCCAUGAUCGCCCAGUCCACCUUUUACGACGCCCAGUAUCGACCGGGGUUUGACAUCGUGGUAUCGCCCCUGGUCCACGCCAUGUCCGAGCCCAACUUCCUAGAAAUCCCACCCCAGGUGCCGGUCAAGCGUAAGUACCUGUUCAGUUUCCAGGGCGAGAAGAUCGAGUCUCUCCGCUCCAGCUUGCAGGAGGUUCGCUCCUUCGAAGAGGAGAUCGAAGGCAACGCCCCGGCCGACUACGACGACCGGAUCAUCACCACCUUGAAGGCUGUUCAGGACAGCAAGCUGGACUUUGUUCUGGUGGAGUUCACGUGUAAGAACCAGCCUAAGGCGAGUCUGCCCACUGAGUGGGCUCUGUGUGGAGAAAGGGACGACAGACUAGAGCUACUGAAGCUUUCUACUUUUGCACUGAUCAUCACCCCUGGGGACACCCGUUUAGUGAUCUCCGCCGGGUGUACCAUGAGACUGUUUGAGGCUCUGGAGGUCGGGGCCAUCCCGGUGGUUCUCGGAGAGCAAGUUCAGCUACCCUACAACGAUGUGAUCCGGUGGAACGAGGCAGCCUUAAUUAUACCAAAGCCACGUAUCACAGAAGUGCACUUUCUUCUGAGAAGCAUUUCUGACAACGAUCUCCUUGCCAUGAGGAGGCAGGGCCGCUUCUUGUGGGAGACCUACUUCUCCACCUCCGACAACGUCUUCAGCACAGUCUUAGCUGUCAUAAGGACUCGAAUCCAAAUCCCGGCUGCUCCGAUCCGAGAAGAACCUGCCGUGGAGAUCCCCCACCGGUCUGGCAAAGCUGCUGGUACAGACCCCAAUAUGGCAGACAAUGGGGACCUGGACUUGGGGCCUGUGGAGACAGAACCACCCUACGCCUCUCCCAAAUAUCUCCGCAAUUUCACCCUCACCGCAAUGGAUAUCUACAGGAAUUGGAAUUCUGCCCCGGGGCCUUUCCACCUCUUCCCCUACACUCCCUUCGACCCCGUUUUACCAUCAGAAGCAAAAUUUUUGGGGUCUGGGACUGGAUUUCGACCAAUUGGUGGAGGAGCAGGUGGCUCUGGGAAGGAGUUCCAGGCUGCUUUGGGCGGCAACGUCCCGCGGGAGCAGUUCACGGUGGUGAUGUUGACUUACGAGCGGGAGGAGGUGUUGAUGAACUCCCUAGAAAGGCUCAAUGGUCUCCCCUACUUAAAUAAAGUGGUGGUGGUGUGGAACUCUCCCAAGCUUCCCUCCGAGGAUCUCUUGUGGCCAGACAUUGGCGUCCCAAUCAUGGUCGUGCGCACGGAGAAGAACAGCCUCAACAACCGGUUCCUGCCCUGGGACGAGAUCGAGACCGAGGCCAUCCUGUCCAUCGACGACGACGCGCACCUGCGCCACGACGAGAUCAUGUUCGGCUUCCGGGUGUGGAGGGAGGCCAGGGAUCGCAUCGUGGGCUUCCCGGGCCGCUACCACGCCUGGGACAUCCCCCACCAGUCCUGGCUCUACAACUCCAACUACUCCUGCGAGCUCUCCAUGGUGCUCACUGGUGCUGCCUUCUUCCACAAGUACUACGCCUACCUGUACUCCUACGUGAUGCCCCAGGCCAUCCGGGACAUGGUGGACGAGUACAUCAACUGCGAGGACAUCGCCAUGAACUUCCUGGUGUCCCACCUCACCAGGAAGCCUCCCAUCAAGGUGACCUCGCGCUGGACCUUCCGCUGCCCCGGCUGCCCCCAGGCGCUUUCCCACGACGAUUCCCACUUCCACGAGCGGCACAAGUGCAUCAACUUCUUUGUGAAGGUGUACGGGUACAUGCCCCUGCUCUACACCCAGUUCCGCGUCGACUCCGUCCUCUUCAAGACCCGCCUGCCCCACGACAAGACCAAGUGCUUCAAGUUCAUCUAGCGAGGGCGGCGGCCGCACGCUGCCAGCUCCCGCUGCGGCCCCAGGCCCCAGAGGCCGGCACGGGGCCGCUCUGUGGGGCCACGAGAGCAAAAGGCCUCGGCCCCGCUGGAUUGGGACGGGCACUUCCCUCCUUCCCUGCGCUCCCACAGCGGCUCCGGACAGGGAAUGGGAUCCCUGGCCCCUGUAAGGACUCACCUGGACAGGGAAUGGGAUCCCAAAGCUCCUGUAAGGACUCACCUGGAGAGGGAAUGGGAUCCACAGCCCCUGUAAGGACUCAUUCAGACAGGGAAUGGGAUCCCACAGCCCCUGUAAGGACUCACCUGGAGAGGGAAUGGGAUCCUUGGCCCAUGUAAGGACUCAUCCAGACAGGGAGUGGGAUCCCAAAGCUCCUGUAAGGACUCAUUCAGACAGGGAAUGGGAUCCACAGCCCCUGUAAGGACUCAUCCAGACAGGGAAUGGGAUCCACAGCCCCUGUAAGGACUCAUUCAGACAGGGAAUGGGAUCCAUAGCCCCUGCAAGGACUCAUCCAGACAGGGAAUGGGAUCCACAGCCCCUGCAAGGACUCAUUCAGACAGGGAAUGGGAUCCCAAAGCUCCUGUAAGGACUCAUCCAGACAGGGAAUGGGAUCCCAAAGCUCCUGUAAGGACUCAUUCAGACAGGGAAUGGGAUCCCAAGGCUCCUGUAAGGACUCAUCCAGACAGGGAAUGGGAUCCAUGGCCCCUGUAAGGACUCAUCCAGACAGGGAAUGGGAUCCAUAGCCCCUGUAAGGACACUCCCACGGAUCAUACACUGAGGAAUGGCUCGCUGGCCACUGGCUCUGCCCCUUCACUAGCCAAGGGCAGCCGUUCUUUUUAAUUCUAAUUAUUGUUAUUUAAAAUGAAAGUGUUUUAGAUUUGCCGA